AUGGCUGCGCGCUCCCCCCUCUUGCUGCUGCUGCAGCAGGUGCUGCUGCUGCUGCUGCUGCUGCAGCAGCAGCAGGGUUUCGCGGAAGCUGCUGUGACCUAUCCGCAGCAGCGGAUUCCAUUAGAAGCGAAAGACACCGCAGCAGCAGCAGCUGCAGCAGCAGCAGCAGAUGCAGCAGCAGCAGCAGCGUCGGCGGGCGCCGCCUCUGCCUCCGCAGGCAGCGGGGAAGCCGCAGCAGCAGCAGCAGCAGAAGCAGCAGCAGCAGCAGCAGCAGCAGCAGCAGCAGCAGCAGUGGCGAGACUGAUAAAUGGGCAGCACGAAAUACCCCUCACAUACAGCAGCAUACUCUCUUUGCUGCCGCUGCUGCAGCAGCAAUUUCCUCAUCUUAUAGAAGUUAAAGACGCGGUGGAAAGCUUCGGCCUUCAAGACGAAGUUGUCGAGCUUGUGGGCGCUGCCUUUGAGCGGUACUUAUUUAUUGGGGGCAUAACUUGGCACGGAGGCAUGCGGGCCAUUGCCAGGCCUUGGGGCUCUUUUGACCAUUCAGAGCCAGUCGGGCGGGGUUCUUUCCGAAGCCGGCUGGCCCCCGACGACGCGGCCUUAGCGGCAAUUGGGAAGCUUCUGCAGGCAAGCCAGAGUUUAGGCGAGAGGCGGCUUGGUGCUGCUGCUGCUGCUGCUGCUGCUGCUGCUGCUGCUGCUGCUGAGGCAAAGAAGAACUAUGAUUAUGGAGCUGUGAGGUGCGCCAUGUACUUGGUGGAAACUCAUGAUGAUAAACAUCCAAGAAGGGAAGAAUACGGCUCGCUGCCCGUCUCGCUCACUGCUGCCCCCGCUACCUCCGACGGACUCAUCAGCCGCAACAUUCGAAUUGCUUUUAAACUUGCGGAAAAGAUGCAGCCGGAGUUGCUGCUGCUGGCUGCGCCGGCCACUUACCAGGCCCCAGGCGAGGUGCAUAGCCAACUUGGCCGUGUGGCCUGGUUUGGAGAGCUGGAGGCCAGCAGUGGGAUGCUUUCGGGGUGUACAGACACCGGAAACUGUGGGGUGUAUUUGGAGUGUACAGACACCGGAGCAGUGUGGGGUGUAUUUGGGGUGUACAGACAGCUGAAAACAGCUGGCGUCGUGUGGGGCGUAUGUGGGGUGUACGGACAGCUGAAAGUGUGGGGUGUAUUUGGGGUGUACAGACACCGGAAAGUGGGGUUUUUUGGGGUGUACAGACAGCUGAAAGUGUGGGGUGUAUUUGGGGUGUACAGACAGCUGAAAGUGUGGGGUGUAUUUGGGGUGUACAGACAGCUGAAAUCUGGGGACCUGUGCAUUCUAAUGCUGGGAGAGUUCGACAAGGAAUGGACGGAGCCAGUGCAGCAGGCAGACCCUCCGCUGCCGCCGCAGUCGUGGCUGGCGAGAAGCAGAAAAGAAGAGUUGGAAGUUUUUGCUUCCAAAGGUGCUGCUGUUCUCAAGGGCGGCAAGAACUGGAUCUUUCCAGUAGUUUCUCCUUCCUUUCCUGGCAAUUUAAGUCCAGUUGGAAUUCCGCUGCAGAUCAGAGACGACUCGGUCGAGGCUUUUGCUGCUGUGUCGCUGCCGCUUCCCCUUGCUGCUGCUCCGACCCCAGCAGCAGCAGCAGCAGCAGCAGCAGCAGCAGCAGCAGCAGCAGCAGCGACGCAGCACUUGGCGCUGUCGUUUACGGCGUCGGGCUUCCUCAACGACGACCCUGUGUUCUUCAACCCUUACACGCGGCUGCUGCUGCCCCACAAGCAGCAGCAGCUGCUGCAGCAGGAGCAGCAGUGGCAGCAGCAGCCCGGCUACUCUAUAGACUGGCAGCAGCCGCUGCCGGGGGCGACGAAGCCAGCAGCAGAUGUGCUGCUGUCUGUACACCCCAGCCUUUCGCAGCUGCCUGACGGCUACCUCGUGCUGCAGCUGGAGAGGCACGACCCUCAAUACGCCAGCAGCAGCAGCAACAGCAGCAGCAGCAGCAGCAGCAGCAGCAGCAGCAGCAGCAGCAGCGGCGGCGUGGUGCACGUCGCAACGAUUGCAACGGGGGGCCUUAUUAGCGAGGAGGAGGAGGAGGAGCGGCAGCAGCAGUGGCUGCAGGAGCAGCGGCAGUGGCUGCAGCAGCAGCGGCGGCGGCAGCAGCAGCAGCAGCAGCAGCAGCAGCAGCAGCAGCAGCGGGCUCUGAGUCGCGUGCUGCUGCAGCAAGAUAAUGAGGUGCGCAUUCGCUUGUUCGUGUCUGCUUCUAGACUGUUGGGCCAGAAGCUGGUUGCUUCUUGGGUUCCUGCUGCUGCAGCAUCAGCAGCAGCAGCAGCAACGGGCCAGGAAGCAGCAGCAGCAGCAGCAGCAGCAGCAGCAACAGCAGCAGCAGCAGUGACCGUGAGCGCAGUUUUGGCAGGAAGCCAACACGUGCCGCAGCUGUACGUACAGAUGAAUGAAGACUACAAUGCUUUUGUGUCUGACGUUUUGCAAAGCCAGCAGCAGCCAACAUCUGCUGCUGCUGCUGCUGCUGCUGCAGCAGCAGCAGCAGCAGGCGGCGCAGCUGAUGCUGUUGCACUUGCUGCUCACCGUUCUCUCUUCUUUCCCUACACCCGCAGCUUCCAGUGUCUCUUCGAGUUCGCUGAGGGCUGCUGCCCGACUUUGCUGCUGCACCGCCAAGAAAAGGGUUGGGGUGUACAUGCAGCUCUGACCAUUCAAACGUGUGCAUGCGGCCCAGGGACGGUGAUUUCUGCUUCGCUGCUUCCGCCCGAGAGGAGCAGCAGCAGCAGCAGCAGCAGCAGCAGCAGCAGCAGCAGCAUCGGCGAGGAUGAAGAGCUUCUGGGGGCGCGCAUCCUCACAGCAGCAGAAACAGCUGCUGCAGUAGCAGCAGCAACAGCAGCAGCAGCAGCAGCAGGGGGAACCAGCCCAGUGUUUGCAGUGUAUGCAGAGUCUCCCGAGCAGCGCGUGCGCGUGCUGCAGCAGCUGCAGCAGCAGCACGAGCAGCAGCAGCAGCAGCAGCAGGAGCUCACCCCCCGCCAAAUUGCUGCAGCUGUGCGAAGGGCCACAGGCAUUAAAGGCAGCAGCAGCAGCAACUUUGGGAUCGCCUUGGGAUCGGCCGAUCCCCAGGGACCCCACACUUCUGUCUGGGGUGCUGGUGCUGCUGCUGCUGCCUUAAAGCCAGCUGCUGGCGCUGCUGCCGAGGAGCCACCUGCUGCUGCUGCUGCUGCUGCAGAAGAUGCUGCUCGCGAAGCCGCGUGA